GAGAUUAAUAGUUCACAUUCUUCCAAAAGUUUCAUGAAAAGGGACAACAAGGUACGAUCUCCACCACAUUCUUCUAAAAUAUCAUCAAAAGGCGAUGGCAACAACGAUCUAACAAACUUAUUCUUGAUCAAGUAUAAUUCUAACUCAAAGCCACUUCAGUCUCCCUUAUUUGGAAGUCCAGAUAGAAAGCCUGAUAGAAAUUUUUCAAAAAAAUCAGAUACAUUGUCAGACACGCAAGAAAAUUCUCAAAUAUCUGAUGGAAUUCUACGAGCUGAUAAAAAAGCAUCAGUUGAAAGUCCGAGUAGGACAGAUUCAAGAUCUUAUAGAGAUAGAGUUAAAAACAGAUUUCAGAUGAUCAAGGAAAAUGCCGGAAAAUCAACCCAUAAAGGGAGUUUUAAGAAUACAACUAACAAGUUAAUUAUGGAAAGAAUCAGACAAGAAAACGAUACAAUUGACUUUGAAAUUGAGCAAAACAAAAGAUCAUUUGCUAAAACAAAUGGGAACGGCAUAAAAAUGUAUGAAUUUUUUGUUGGACAAAAUGGACCACCAGAGUUGCAGGUAGGGAGGUCGUCAGAAAUGCUUGAAGAUGUGAUUGAAACUGUAAAUAAAUCGACAGAGCAAUUAAUUAACGAGUCAUCUGAUGAUGAAUUUUUGGUAGAAAUGAAGUAUCCACAAUACCUGAGAACCAAACAGAAGGCAUCAGAAAUGGAAUGCUUUUUCAGACCAACUGGAAAAACUCUUGAUCUAUCCAAAAAAUUGAAUGGAGAAGAGCCAAGAUUUUUAGAGGACGAGGGUUACUUCAUGCCAUCAAGACCAAAUAUUCCCAGAAUAUCAUAUAAUAUAGUAGAGGAACGUCUGUGGAAUAUUGGAGACAUAAAAUGGUUCAAUUGCCAAGGUGAACUGAAAAUUCUAGAAAAUCCGGUCACUAGUUCAUCAAUCAGGCCUACAGAAUUCCAGAAUAUGGAGAAUAAUUCUACAAUAUUUUUGAAACCAAUAAUGAAUAACACAGAGUGUCAGGAAAUUCUUGUGAUCAAGGAGAAUAUUCUCAAAGUAACUAUUAAGAAUAUAAAAUUUUAUCAUCAUCCCUUAUUCAGUUUAGAACAUGUACUGGAGAAGCAAUUGAGAAAGACAGCAGAGACAUAUGAAAGGUAUCUAUCGAAUUACGUUCUGAAAAAGAUGUACAAUCGCUUAGAAGCUACAAGACAUAUUUUACUGAAUGCUGAAAAAACAACAGGUGAUGAUAAAAGAGAGAAAAUAGCCAAAUACAAAAAAGAUAUAAAGGAAUUGAGAGAGAGUCUUUUCAUACAGGGAAAAGAGGAAAGGAAAUUAUUGAAAUCUACAUUAACAUUGUGGAAAAAUAUAAAACGGUUAAGGUCGAAGAAUGGCUAUAUUUCAACACCUCUGAAAUUAAUAAUCAACAAGGAGUCGCAAAGUUUGAAAGCAGAUAAAAAACUUUAUGAAGAGAAUCUACAAAAAGCAUAUCAAGAAAUUUUAAGGGAAUACCGGGACGAAUUCAAAAACAAAAUGAGAGAGUAUAAAAAAGCGUUGCAAGAGAUUCAAAGUAGUCCAAGAUCAGAAAAUGACGACACUUUGGAAGAUUCUCCUAAAAAGCCAACAUAUAAUGUAGAUGAAGAUUCUGUAUUCCAGCAGUUGAAAGAAAGAUUUCAGGAAUCCUUCAGAAGUCCUGGAGAACCUAUGAUCCGUUUCAAGUUGAUUGAUAGUGUACCGAUAACUGAAGAAGUAGAAAAUCCUCUGGAAAUAUCAAGAAGAAAUUUGGUGGCCUCUACGAAAAUAUAUCUAAAAAUAAUCUGUAAUAAGUUGACUGUUUGUAAAACCAAAGCGAUCACGUUAGACGAUAAUUUCGAUUGUUUUUUCAAUGAAAAAAUUUCUAUACUCUUGACGAAUAUUCCGAAAUUCCUCAAAAUAGAAAUUGUAGAACAAUCAAAUAUGCUUCAUAAACAUUCGUCCGCCGAAGUGAAUUUGAAUGUUCCAUCCCAAUCGGUCUCAAGAAAUAAUACGAAGUCUGCUCAAGAGGUAUUCGAAAAAAUUAAUGCCUCCAUUUAUAAGCACGAAGCAGUUGGAAGUGGCAUCACUUUUCAAAAAUUGUUGGAAAAGAACGAUCUCGAUGUUCCCGUCAACUCAAAGGAUAUAGAAUUGAAUACUCAUGGAAUUAUACACUAUCAAUCGUAUUGGGAAAACACAGGAUUUCAAGAAAAUAAUGAUAGUGUGGUGAGAGAUGAUGUACUAGAAGCUAUUGUUGACAAAAAUGGUACUAUUAAAGUCGAUAAGUUGGCCGAAUGGAUAAGUCGUACCAAACCUGAUCCUCAAAAUCCGAGAAACUCAGUUUUAUAUGAGUACAUUCAAGGAUUCAGUCAAAAUUUGACUGCAUUGAAAAAAAAUAAUUACUUCAGGUUGAACCCUUAUCAGAAACCUCUUCAGUUUUGUAAUAUUUCUGAAAUCGAUAAAAAUAUCCGUAUGAAAAUUUUACAACUUCGUAAUCGUAAUGAGCCUGAAUUUGAUGGGAUGGUUGUUCCGAACCGAAUCAAAGAAAUCCCUUUGAAUAUUCUCAAGGAUUAUAAAAGGAGAGUAGCCAAUGAAAGGGACGGAUUAUUUAUGGAAGAAACAAAAGCAGAAGGAUAUGACUCGAAAAGAAAGAAUGGAAUGAGUAUAAUGAAACAGAUACAUACAAAAGUUUUCCAAAGGUGUAAGAAUGCUACAAAUAAUUUGGAAAUCGAAGAUAUCUUGGAUGAGAAAUAUUUGGUUCAUUUUGAACAUCUCAUCAAAACAAUGACUGCCAACUUCUUCAACUGGUUCAGUUGGAAACCUCGUAUGAGUCACCCUUUACCUUCAUUAAAAAAAUCCAAUAUUGAGAAAAUCCAAAUGAAUGUUAAGGAAUUGUCCAGUCUAGUCAGAAUAACUAUUAAAGUGUUAAAUGGAGUCAAUAUACCGGAUCGAGAUGUGUCAGUUAAAAAAAGCCAGCAUCUAUUAACUGACCAGUUCCUCGAUAAAAACAGCGUUAAGUCAUAUGUGGAGGUCAGAUAUAAUGACAUAUUUGAUAGAACUACUGCCGUAGAAGGUACUAACCCAGAGUGGAAUGAGGAUUUGACAUUAAUACUGAGUCCAUCUCAUUUCGAUUACCUCAAUCCUAACUCUCUGAGUGGAAAUAUAAUUUUGAACGUCUUCGAUGAAGUUGACCAAAAUAUACAAAAUAAGGAUGUAAAGACGAGGAAUUGGUUAGGAUCUCUUGAAGCACCUUUAUCUGCAAUUUGUAGUAAUAAUGGAAUGUGUGGAUAUUUUAAACUGAAUACUCCCAACGUUCUUUUUGGUUAUUUGAAGGAUAAUAAUUUAUCUUCGAGUAACCAAAAUAUCUUAUCCAAACAAACCCAUUUGAAUCUACAAGUUAGUGUCCAACCGAAUAUCCCCAAACUCAUUCCAAGUAUUGAAGAAUUACCCAGCAGCGAUCUACCAUACAUAACAGACUUCAUCAUCAAGUGGAAUGAGAGUUAUAAUCACAGUUUUCCAUCCAGAAAAUUCUCAGCCAUGGCUCUCAAUUCGAGUGGUAAAACAACGUGUCUUGUUCGAUAUAUCAAAGCGUUGGAACCACCUCAAUUAAACAAUGAGGGAUUCGAUGUGGAACCCGAACAAUGUGCCAAAUUUGUGUCACUCAUUCCUUUCACGAAUUGUAAUCAUUUCUACCAGAAUGUUUGGCUCUCUACGGACCAAUUGCUCCAUUUAUUGACUGGUUCUGUAAUAGAUCAUGCCGUUGCUCUCACUUGUUUCUUACUAUCACUGAAACUAGAUGUUUAUCUUUUACUUGGAUUUGGCAUACCACAUGGAUCAACGGCUUAUGUUUUUCUCUGUGAAUAUUCUAAGGAAACAGAGCUUCCCCUGUACUUCAUCUUUGAUGUUGUUUCUGGUGAGAAGAUAAGUAUUUUGGAUACUUACUGCCCUCUACAGAGAGUUUACUGUGUAGUUCGAGAGCAAAACAUAUGGGCCAAUAUCCAGAGAAAUGAUAGUGUUGUCCAAACAAGGUUCGAUUUAACACGUAAAUCAGACUGGUUGCCUUUAUUCAAUGCCGAUGUCACUGCACCAACGAAUUCAAUUCAUAACAGAAUAGUAUAUGCCGUAAAAAAAAAUGCCGAAGAGUUGGAGGUACAGCUGGAUAGAAAAAUUAUGAAACUGAUAGGCAAGUCACGGCCUUUGAAUAGAACAAUUUGGAAUAAAAAAGUUUCGAACGUGAUAAGGAAUAAUAUUCAUCUUCUAGACUAUAUUUUCAUGCAUAGCAGGUCGAAUGAGGAGAUAACCAACGAGCUACUUAGAAAUAUUUCGGAAUAUGACGUUUGUGGUUACAUUUUGAACAUCCCUUAUACGAAUAUAUCGUCCAUCCUCAAGAGAAUCAAAAUGUAUGGGGUUCAUUUUAUAGAUAACAUAGAUGUUGAAUUUUCUUUAGCAGUUCGAAUUGAAGCUCAGCCAGCUUUUGUAGCAUCUGUUUGGAUAUUUUUAGCCAUUGUUAAGGAAAAAUGAGAAG